AUGACUACAGAAACUACAAUACGCGUUUGUCGGGAAUUUUUCAGUACAUUUGGCAUUCCAUCCGUUUUUGUGAGAGACAAUAGUCCUCAGUUUACGUCCGCGGAUUUCGCUAAGUUUUUAAAGAUGAAUGGAGUCGUUCACAAACUAAGUGCUCCCUACCACCCGGCGACGAAUGGUCAAGCCGAAAGGUUUAUCCAGACUAUGAAAUGCAAAUUAAAGUCCAUGGAUUGUAACAAUUCCGAUCUACAUUCCGAAUUAUACAAUAUCUUACUAUCGUAUCGAAAAAUGAUACAUCCGACUACAGGACAUUCCCCUGCUCAGAUGGUAUUCGGCCGUCAGUUACGUUCUCGUUUAGACCUGAUGAUUCCUUCAGACGACCCUAAAGACAGUGUAGUUCAGGGAAAAGUACGUGACUUGACAGUUGGAUCCAGGGUGUCAGUACGCAACUACGAUCAUUCUACAAUUUGGGAGUUCGGUGUAAUAAAAGAGCGUCUUGGUAAGUUGCACUACCUCGUACAGUUGGAUGAUGGACGUGUUUGGAGGAGACAUAUCGAUCAACUACGGGCUGUUGCUGUAGAGGAGCAAGACUCGUCGAAAGAGGUAACAUUUUCGCGGGAUGGUGGGUUUAACGAUUAUGAGAACUCAGAAGUUUCAAUCGCAGUAACUCCCCAGAAUCCAAUCCCAGAUAUUCCUUCCUGUACAGAUCCUAUUCCUGAUCCACAAAACUCUCCAAAACCUACCGUUGCUUUAUCUCCUACUAUACCAACUGGCAACACUGCUGUAAACCGAUCACCAGGCGUACAAGCGAACCAAGGACUACGUCGUUCAGCAAGGACGAUCAGAGCUCCACAGAAACUGGACCUUUGA